AUGUCUCUACGUCCGUCCACUGCUCCUCUUCGUGCCCCUUUGCCUUCUCCUCCUGAGUCCUCGCUUCCUGCUCUUGCCGACCCGGAGUCGGACUCUCUUCGUGCUGCCAGUCCUACUGUCACGCGUCUCCUUGCUACUGUCGUCACUGACCCUUCCUUUGAGUCCACUGCUGCGUCUGCCCUAGUUGCUGAGCUCGUCGACUUCGCUGCUCGCUGUCGUCUAGACUACGCUGCUAGUCUUGUCGCUGAGUCUGAGUCUGUCUAUCCUCCGUCCGUCGGGGGUGAGUGUGCCCUUGGCACGGACAUCCUUGAGGACAGGCAGGAGGAGUUCCAGUGUUUGGCUGCUGCUUCACCUCAUCUCGUGUCCGUACUGCUUACCCCUGAGGGAGACCCGGAUGCACUUGACAUCCCGACUCCGCGCUCUUACGCGGAGGCGAUAGAGGGUCCCUACUCCUCUCAGUGGCAGGCAACUAUGGACACAGAGAUGGCUUCUUGGAAGUCCACAGGCACCUACGUUGACGAUGUUCCCCCGCCUGGGGCGAACAUCGUCAGUGGCAUGUGGAUUUUCAGGAUGACCACUCUUCGGGUGCUGCUGCACAUAGCCGCUCAGCGCGACUACGGGCUUCACUCUCUUGACUUCAGCACUGCUUUCUUGCAGGGCAGCCUGCACGAGGAGAUUUGGCUACGCCGCCCACCUGGCUUCACUGGGUCGUUCCCUCCUGGUACCCAGUGGAGCCUCCGGCGGCGAGUCUACGGUCUCCGCCAGGCACCGCGUGAGUGGCACGACACACUGAGGCCUACAGUUGCGGCUCUUGGGUUUGCUCCCUCUACUGCCGACCCGUCUCUGUUUCUGCGCACCGACACUUCUUUGCCGCCGUUCUACAUCCUCGUGUACGUCGACGACUUGGUCUUUGCCACUGCUGACACUGCUGGACUCGCCCACGUGAAGUCCGAGCUGCAGAAGAGACACACGUGUACAAACCUGGGUGAACUGCGCAGCUACCUUGGCUUGCAGAUCACCCGGGACAGAGCACGCCGCACCAUUACCCUGACUCAGUCACACAUGGUGCAGCAGGUCCUUCAGUGCUUCCGCUUCACGUACUCCUCGCCUCAGGCCACUCCUCUGCCUACUCGCCACUCGCUCUCAGCUCUGCCUUCGGAUGAGUCCGUAGAGUCGAGUGGCCCGUACCCAGAGCUUGUUGGCUGCCUCAUGUACCUGAUGACCUGCACACGACCUGACCUUGCAUACCCUCUUAGCAUUCUAGCACGCUAUGUUGCUCCUGGGAGACAAAGACCGGAGCACAUGGCUGCAGCGAAGAGGGUGUUGCACUACUUGUGCAGUACGUCGGGCAUGGGGCUUGUGCUUGGAGGGCAGAGUCCAGUGGUCCUUACUGGGCAUGGAGACGCUUCUUGGGCUGACGACCAGGCUAUGCAGCGGUCGUCACAGGGUUACACCUUCAGCCUUGGUUCCGGCUCUGUCUCAUGGCGGGCUACCCACUCGUCUUCUGUUCUCGGCUCCAGUUGUGAGGCUGAGAUCUACGCCGGGGCCAUGGCUGCAUAG